AUGUCCGCUCUGCUGCGCUUUGCCGCGUCAGCACGUGUCUGUCACCCGUUCACCGCCCGCAGCGCCGUGACUGCGCGUACUGGGACGUGGACGCACUUUUACGACUCGCUCAAUGACUCGCUCCUGUCGCGCUCGAUUUCACAGAGCGCCGUCCUCAUGAAGCGCAAAGGCGGCGCGUCUGCGUUUGUCACGAAACCGUCGCGCUGGAACGUUAGCAAAGGAAACAAGAGCCACAACGCCCUAAGUACGAAACAGAAGUUGAAAAAAGAUGCAGCGCCGCAUCGUUCGCACGUUGAGCGCGCGCGCGACUUGAAGACCGCGCAGCGCGCAAACGAGCGCAACGCCAAAGAAUGGGCCACGCUCGAGCGCGACGACGAGCUGAACAAGGAGCUCGAUGCGGUGUAUGAGUACUUGGACCAGUCGGGUCCGCAAGGCGACUACGUGUACGAGCCGGAGCCCAGUCUCGUUGAUGUGGACCACGUUAACGCACUUGACAAACUCAACGCAAUCGCCAGCGGCAACUUGCACAUUCCAACCGUCAACUUCAACGUCAACGAAAACGAAAACGAAACAAUCGACGUGGCAGACGAGCCGCUACUAGGACAUGACCUUUCCGUCGUGGAUUAUAACUUUCUCUUGCGUGUGUACGCAGUAAAGGGCCUUCCCAACGAAGCGAACGCUUUGCUCGCCAGGAUGGAGCAGAACUUGCCGUCUCUUGCUGCCACCAAGACUGUCGUCGUGCCAGUCGAGCCGACAGACGGGACAGAGCUCGCGCUGUUGAACGCGCUCGAGCACGUGCCGCACGUCGUCCAGCCCGACGCCAAGUCGUACAUGCUGUACGCGACCGCUCUGGGCGUCGACGGCCAAGCAGCACGUGCCGUGCGCGUCAUUGGACGCAUGAAAGAGCGCGGCGUGAUGCCGACCGUGGCCGUGUACAACGCAGUGAUGCGUGCGUGUGCAAAGGCGGGACGCGUGCCGUGGGCGUACAAUGUCAUGGAGAAGAUGCAAGUGGCGGGGCUCGUGCCGGACCGCGCGUCGUUCACGAUCUUGAUGAACGCCGCCAUUGCUGAAGGCGAGCUGGACAAGGCGUUCGAGACGUUCCACUUGAUGCGGACGCACGUGGUCGAGCCGGACGAAGUGGCGUUCAGCUGUUUGAUCCACGGCUACGCACGGGAAGGACGCGUUGAGCGCGCGCUGAAUUUGCUGGAAGAUCUGCUCUCGUGUGGCCUCACACCGUCCCUCGUGACGUUUAAUACGCUCAUGAACGCGUGUGCCAAGUCGCACUAUUACGCGCACAAGGCGAUUGACUUUUACUAUGAAAUGCAAGAGCUGUACGACUAUACGCCGGACUUGUACUCGUACACGACGGUGCUGCACGCGUGCGCGAAGAACGGCGACUUUAUCCAGGCGGAGCAGAUUCUCCGGCACAUGGAGCGUCACCACGUUCCCAUGACGGAUUUCGUGUACAGUACGUUGUUUAACGUGUACGCUCGCGCUCAGAUUAGGGGGAUUGUGGACAAGGCGCCUCGCAACAUGAAGGCUCUGCCAAAGCCCAAGCCGGUGUAUCAGGAGCCUCUCGAGUAUGACGAUGAGGGCAAAGAAAUCGAUUUGACACGUCCAGGGAAGGAGACCUUUUCGCUCGAGAACGCCAACUACGACGGGAGUUUAGAUGACAGCGAUGAUGACGAAGAUGAUGAAGUAGAGGCUUACAAACUUAGUCCUGAGGCCCUGGCUCAAGUGGAGGAAAUGCGUCAACAGGACCAUGCUAAUCGUAAAGUGCCGGAGAAAACGAUUCAGUCGACAGAAGUGGUUAAAGUCGAGCAGGAUAUGGAAGUCUACGGCGAGCAAGACCGUUUGCUCUUUGCUGACAGCGAGGAGUCGCUGGAUUUUGAGUUGACGCCAAUGGAUCUUACAAACUUUGGCAAGUACCAGACGCUGAACAUCAAGCGUGCAGAGGUUCGUUUUCACGAAAUGACAUUCGAUAACGGUCUCCAGCCGUCUUUGAUCACGCUGAAUUCGAUGCUUGCCGUGUACUCCAAUGCAUUGCGUUUGCGCUCAGCCGAGACGUUUUUGACCGAGACGUUCCGCAAGUUCGAUCAUAAGCCAAACAAGUUCACGUACCGCUCUAUGAUGCAAAUGUACGUCCGUGCUAAGCGGACGACGCAGGCUGAGCAGUUACUGGAGCGGAUACGAUCUGAGAUUGAGAACGGAGAUCUGGAGGCAGAUGCGGUGACAUUUGGUUUCUUGGUGGAUCACUACGCGAGGAAACGUCUCGUACGACGCGCGCUGGCGACUCUCGAGGACGCUGACGCUCUAGGAUUGCAAAUGCAAGAGAAGCAUUUGAAGAAGAUACGUGUUUUGACGGAGAAGUAUGGUGUUUUCUCUGACCUCAUUCCAGAGGACCCGAAUGCUGUGCUGCUGGCUGGUACGCGUCACAAAUUGAUGGAAAAGCGUAAGGUCCGUGCGCAAGCGUUGGAGUAUACCCGCAAGGUUGGGAAACGCUACCUGCUGCCGAAAACUGUCUAG